UGAUGAUGUUGGAAACAUAGAAGUCAACGUGGCAAGAUCAGGAAGGGUGAAGAAAGAUCUUGAAAAAACACCCAAACCGUAUACACAAACACAGACAAAUCGGACGAAAAUCACGGAAACAUCAUCCAGUUACAGUUUGGUCGGAAUAAAAAGUUUACGAACAUGGUGUUCAACGGCCAGACAGUUGUGUCUGUAGCCCAUUUGUCGGCGGAGGUUUGGCAGCGAUUACGGCGGAUCCCACCGUCCGACCGUAUAAGCAGCAGCGAGAUGCUUGAGCUAGUCUGCUUCUUCCCGCUCCAGCAAUUGGGUCUAUUCGCUAUAUGUUUCUUGACUUUUCUCUGUCUUCCUCAUCCAGGUUUGCUCUAUCCUGAACCCGACGAUGACGAUGGGGGUCACGUUUUUGUUAAUGGCUCCUCUUCAUCUUCCAUCGCUAGACAUCAGCAUCACUUUCAUCUGCACUUUGAGUAAUCAAAACCAAACUCGAUCAUGUUCUCUUCUUUGAGUUACUCUGUUUUCUCUCUGUGUUUAAUGUAUAUACUAUGUGGUUUUGCGGUUUGGUGAAUAUUGUCUAGAUUUGGGUUUGUUUUAAGUCUAGUCCUUGAUGAUUAUAGACCAUAAAUAUGAGUUUAAUCUGCACUUGAAACGUUAAGACUCGAAGCUGCAUCCGAUUUGGUUUGUGUUGUUCAUAUCUUCUGUGGGGAAAUUGAUCAGAGACCAAGAGAGUUUGUGGAUUUAUCAUCUGGCUUGAGAGUAGAAGACUCUGGUUUUGGAUCUUUAUGGCUCUGUGUCUGAUGUAAUUAGCUCUAAAGAUCAAGAACGAUGUCUGUUCAUAAACUAGCUUUAUUGGAUCUCUAGAUUUGGUGAGUUUUUUUGGUUUCUUGGCUUCCAAGAAAGAAGCUUGUUAAUACUAGUGUAAAUCAGAUACUUCAAGGUUCUUCAUUGUUUUCAUCUCCUACGGUUUCAGUCA